UGAUCUCCGUCGGGUAAGCUUCGCCGGUUUACCCCGCAUGGGGUUAAGUGCUUAUAUUUAUAGUUAUCAUCAUCAUAUACAAAGUGAUCAUGAAGUAACCCCAGCAGAUUCUAGCCAUCACUAUUGAAUGUGUUGCGUGCGAUCGCUGCCUGAAAGAUACCACUAUGUCGACCAUGCCAACAACGGUUGCUGUCGGCCCCAGCCCGCCUCCCUCUGGGCCAUUAGUUGGCCUGCCGUCUACACACGUCACUCGAACUUGGUCAAAUAUAAAGAGACUUAUCGUUGAAGCAGAGCAAAUUCUUGAAAAUUUGACUACGAAUGAUGGGAGUGGCAAUCAGUGGCUUGUAGUUCUGGGUUUAUCGAAAAGGGCCGUGGAGAAGCUUGGAAGCCACGAGGGUGAGUUGAGGGGCAUAGCAUAUCGUUUCCAGUGGGAGGGAAGUGUCGGCGUUAUGAAGAUAGUACCAGGCUAUAGCCACGAGUGUCCUACAGAUGACUUUAGGUCUGUUAUUCAGGAUCAACUGGCGGCAAUGGGGGUUAGAAGAAAUGAUAGAGGAUGGGGUGUGAGCACCACCUACAGACCCACUGGCUCCAAUAAAGGUAAAGAAGCAGACCAGAUUUUCUUCCCUUUUACUCGACGCCCGUCUGGCGGUAUUGUGGACUGGCCGACGCUAGUUGUAGAGACGGGUGUCAGUGAGUCGUAUAAUAAGCUCAAAGAAGACGCACGGUGGUGGUUUGAAAAUUCGGACGGAAGAGUUCGCAUCGUCAUACUCAUAAUCGUGAAAAAGAAUUAUAUGCGGUUCGAGAAGUGGCAACUGGUGCCUGCUAAUGCGCCCACUCCCCUCACGAGAGGGUACCUCAAUCAACUGCGACAGCAGGUGCCCAAUAUUCCUCCCCUGACUACUCAACCAGCAGUCAACCAACGUCCCUACGCUGCCCAGGAAGUGAUGGUUACUCCAAACUCAGUGACUGGAGCACCCAUGACGAUUCCGUUCGAGGCCCUGUACGACAGAGGCCGUGGUCCUGCAGAGACCGAUGUUGUCAUCCCUGCGAAUGACUUCAGAGAUAUCGCCGGCACUGUGUUUUGACGAACGAUUUAGCAUAUGCAAAAUGUCUUUCAGUGCGUUCUUGGCGUAUUUUUUCAAUUUUUGCGCGCCAUCUUCAAAAUCUAGCUAUUUGCAAAUGCUUCUA